UUUGCCAGCUUGUUGACCCUCUGUGUUCCCCUCCUGCAGGGUUUAGGAGCCGUUGCUGUGGACGGAGAGACAGGGACGUGAGCGGACAUUGAGCGCGGCCAGGGUGCCAGGUUUAGGAGCCGUUGCUGUGGACGGAGAGACAGGGACGUGAGCGGACAUUGAGCGCGGCCAGGGUGCCAGUGAGCCCCCCCCCCCCCCCCCCCCCGCUCGGUGUGUGGGCUGACCUUCGAGGGGCUGAGCUUCGAUGGAGGACCACAUGAUGGGGCACAACAAGGAGAAGCGCUAUGAGUGUGACGUGUGUGGCAAGACCUGGCAGUGCCCGAGCCGGCUGGAGACCCACCGACGGGUGCACACGGGAGAACGCCCCUUCGAUUGCUUGGAGUGCGGCAAGAGCUUCACCUUCGAUAGCCAUCUGCAGCGGCACAACCUCGUGCACUCCGGCGAGAGGCCCUUCACCUGCUCCGACUGCGGCAAGAGCUUCAAGACGGCGAAUGAUCUGAAGACACACCGGCGGAUACACACGGGUGAGAAGCCCCAUGGCUGCUCCACCUGCGGCAAGAGCUUUGCCCAGUUGUCGGGGCUGCGGGAGCACCGGCGGGUGCACAGCAGUGAGCGGCCCUUCACCUGCUCCGAUUGCGGCAAAGGCUUCAAGUCGGCACCAGUGCUGAAGAAGCACAAGCGUGUGCACACCAGCGACCGUCCCUUCAACUGCGCCCAGUGUGGCAAGGGCUUCAUCUGCUCCACCAGGCUGCUGGAGCACCAGCGCACCCACACUGGCGAGCGCCCCUACACCUGCGCCCAGUGCGGCAAGGGCUUCACCCGCUCCACCAGCCUGCUGGAGCACCAGCGCACCCACACUGGCGAGCGCCCCUACACCUGCGCCCAGUGCGGCAAGCGCUUCACCCGCUCCAGUCACCUACUGCUGCACCAGCGCACCCACACUGGCGAGCGCCCCUACACCUGCGCCCAGUGCAGCAAGGGCUUCACCCGCUCCAGUCACCUACUGCUGCACCAGCGCACCCACACCGGCGAGCGUCCCUACACAUGCGCCCAGUGCGGCAAGCGCUUCACCCAGUCCAGCAACCUACGGGUGCACCAGCGCACCCACACCGGCGAGCAUCCCUACACAUGCGCCCAGUGCGGCAAGGGCUUCACCAACUCCACCCGGCUGCUGUCCCACCCUCCAGUCUCCGGCCUCGCACCAGGACCCUCACUCACUCACUCACUCACUGUCCGCACCCGCCCGGCCGCCCGGCGCUGGGGUUGGCGCUUGGAGCCGAGUGUCGGGGAUGUUGAAGCCGGGCCGGGGGCUGAUGGUGGCGCCGCGGCCACCGGGAUGGUGGACGAGGUGUCCCGUUAUGAGUGUGACGUGUGUGGCAAGGCCUGUCAGUACCCGAGCGAGCUGGAGACCCACCAGCGGGUGCACACGGGAGAACGCCCCUUCGACUGCUCGGAGUGCGGCAAGAGCUUCACCCGCUCCGGCCACCUGCUGCGGCACAACCGCGUGCACUCCGGCGAGAGGCCCUUCACCUGCUCCGACUGCGGCAAGAACUUCAAGAUGGCACAACACCUGAAGUUGCACUGGCGGGUGCACAGCAGUGAGCGGCCUUUCACCUGCUCCGACUGCGGGAAAGGCUUCAAGUCGUCCUCGCACCUGAAGGAGCACAAGUGCCUGCACACCAGGGAGCAGCCCUACACCUGCAGCGACUGUGGCAAGGGCUUCAUCCGCACAAGGAACCUGCUGGUGCACCAGCGCACCCACACCGGCGAGCGCCCCUACACCUGCGCCCAGUGCGGCAAGGCCUUUAACCAUUCCAGUUACCUGCUGGUACACCAGCGCACCCACACCGGCGAGCGCCCCUACACAUGCUCCCAGUUCGGCAAGGCCUUCAACCAUUCCAGUCAUCUGCUGGUGCACCAGCGCACCCACACCGGCGAGCGCCCCUACACCUGCGCCCAGAGCGGCAAGGGCUUCACCGGUUCCUCCAAGCUGCUGUCCCAUCAGCGGGUGCAUGCCGGCGACCGUCCCAUCCCCAGCCCGGUGUGUGGAGAGCGCUUUGUCAUGGCUUCCCACGCCCUGCCUCACCAACGCAUGCACACCAAUGGCCAGCCCUACGACUGCCCGUACUGCGCUGAGGAGUUUGACAGCUCGCGGGGGUUGCGGCAGCACCGGCGGGUCCACGCGCACGAGCAGCUGCUCCCACUGUGACAAGAGAGCACGGGGGCUGCGGGAGCACCAGCGGAUACACACCGGAGAGAGACCCUUUGUGUGCGAUGAGUGUGGCAAGGCAGGGCUUGUACGGUCCUUGAAAGUCCUGGAAUUUGAAACUGUUUCAAGGCCCUGAAAGUCCAUGGAUUUAUCAUAGGUCCUUGUAAGUCCUUGAAAAUGUACUUUAUCUGAUAAAAGUAUUAAUUCAAGCA